CCCGGAAGAGACCUUAAAAUUAAAACGACGUAAACAGUCGAAACGAGAGCACGCUUCUUUGGCCGGACUGUUGUCAUGGAAACGCUGUAAUGGGACCACGUGUUCAAGUGAAGGCCGACCCCGACUCAGGCUUCAGACAGACAGUUGAGUUUGCCGUCAGACAGACAGACGCACUGCCUCCAGGAUGAUCCCAUUGCGUGCGGUCAGACGUGCCCUCUCUCCCGGUGUGCGCCGCUUCUCUGACGCUUCCGGCGGAGAAAUAGUGGAAGAUGCGUUUGAACGGACGGGCUCUGCACAGCUCACCAAGCAGGCGUCGCUUUACGUACAUUGGCCUUACUGUCUCAGGAGGUGUUCCUACUGCAACUUUAACAAGUAUAUAUCCAGAGAGAACAACGAGCACAUGAUGACACAGUGCCUCCAGAAGGAGACUGAGACAUUGCUGCAGCUCAGUCAGGUAUCCUGCGUUACCUCUGUAUUCUUCGGUGGUGGGACUCCAAGCCUGGCUCACCCCUCAACCGUUGCUGCCGUCCUGGAAACUGUUUCCAGGCAGGCGAGUCUCUCAGAAAAGGCCGAGGUCACGCUCGAGGUCAACCCUACUCCCGUGGGAAUGUCAAAGUUAGAGGACUUUUGCCGUGCUGGGGUGAACCGUUUCUCCAUUGGGGUCCAGUCUUUGCAGGAUGACGAUUUGAAAAUUCUGGGAAGAGACCACAGUUCUCGUCAGGCCUUGCAAACUAUCGAAGAGGCCAGGAGGUUGUGCCCGGGGAGGGUGUCGGUGGAUGUAAUGUUUGGCCGGCCCAAACAGAGCGUUGAAUCCUGGGAGAACGAGUUGUCUAAGCUGUUGAGUGUGUGCGACGACCACGUGUCUCUGUACCAGCUGACCUUGGAGCGCGGCACUCAGCUGUUCAAACAGGUGCAAGGAGGAGAGGUGACUGUUCCCGCUGAAGACGUGACAGCUGAGAUGUACCAGUGUGCCAGGAGGACUCUGCACCAGCAUGGGUUUCUGCAGUACGAGGUGUCUAACUUUGCAAAACAUCAGAAAGCAGUGAGUCAUCACAAUAUGAGCUACUGGAAAGGAAGACAAUACAUCGGUGUCGGCCCAGGAGCACACGGGCGGUUCGUUCUCCCGGGCGAAGGAGGUGUCGCUAGGGAGGCCCGGACCCAGACUCUAGAGCCUGACGUCUGGAUGCGUGAAGUCCAGCAGAGGGGACAUGGGACACGGAGGCGGAUUCAGCUCAACCAUCUUGAACUAUUGGAGGAGGUGUUGGUGAUGGGAAUGAGAAUGACCGAGGGCAUUAAUCACAAGCACUGGGAGUUGUUUAGCCCUCAGCUGACACUCCGUGAAGUCUUUGGUAGAUCCACCGAUGUCCAAGAGCUGCUACAGAGUGGAAGACUCAUUCUUGACAACAGAGGCCUGCGCUGCUCCUGGCACGGACUGGCGUUACUGGACAGCAUGCUGCCAGCUCUACUGGUGGAGCUGGAAAAACAAAUCAGUCCGAGGCUACAAAGGGACCACCACACUGACAAACAAAGAAGACCUCCAACCCACGAUGACAGUAAUGUGAAGAGAGCAGAUAACGUCAGAGAAAGCUUGCCUGUGGGUUAGGCUGACAGGACAUGUAAAACUGUUGUCAUAGUAACCUAAACCACCACAAACUAUGCAGUAAUUACAUCCCCCACUGGCUUUUUCCUAUUAUAUUGUUAUAUAUAUUUUUGAAAAACUCCCAGGCGCCAUCGUGCAAUUAUAUAAUUAGCUAAUUUUUACUGUUAUGUAAACAUAAUUAUUGAUCUUGCAGGGUACAGGAAAUGAGGUAAAUGCCAGUUCAGUAUGUGUCUGUAUUGGGAAUAGACGUGAGUUUCGCUGCUCUUGUAAAUACACCUGCUGAAUAGAUGGAUAAAUCUAUAUUUAAGGGCCAUGUUCAGCACAAUAGCAAACAGGGGCUGUUUUAGUAAAGAAAAGUAAAGAAAAGUCUGUAAUUCCAUAAUUAUUUUCUUGGAAUUUAGAUCUGUGUGGCACUAAUUACAGUGACAAUGUUUACCUGAGUCUUUUACUCUUGAUACAACAAUUACAUAUAUAUGAAGAAUAAAAUGUAUAAUCAUACAGGAAUGAAUAAGGAAAUUCUAUCUGAAAAACCACCACUGCUUAUAAAUCCGGCUAACUAACUAACUAAAGUCAAAUAACAGUCUCAGUAAUUUAUAAUUUGGCACUGAGUAUAGGGACCGAGUGUGCUGCCAAAUGUUUCUUGUCUAUAAGUGGCAGUUUAAUUUGGAUUAAUUCAGUGUCAUUCAAAGAGAUCUAUUGAACCAUUCAGCAACAUUUUAGUUAAACUCAUUUACAAAUCAGUGUAAUUGAUCUUACAGUAUAUGAGAGGAAAUAAAUGAUUAACAUCAUCACAACAAUGGCCCUGCCACUGUCUCGUUGAGACUAUUACUUCUGAAGUGCUGUUACAGCCAGAGAUGAUUCAUAACAUAGACUGAUGCUGUCAAAAGUUCACAUUUGAAUUAAGCAUGUGUUAGUAUUUUACUAGGGAAAUGACAGGGAGGCCUUUCUGUCUCAUUAUGGAUAAAAGGAUGACAAUACAAUAGUACAAUAGUAAUUUGGAAUGAUUUCAGUGUAAUUGUGGCCUGUUUCUUUUAUAUAUUCUUACGUUUAUGUAACUACCACAUAGUGUGUUCCCACAUGCCUGCACAGCCUGACAUAACUUCAUCUGGGAUUUUGGGAUUUGAACAGUACAACCCCCAUUGUUAUCUGCAGUGAUCACGAUGUGCACUCCGGCUGGAGAAACAGCUCACUCUCUGCUGCAGAUUCAUGAAGCCUGAUGACGAGUCUUGCAGCACCGCCAGCUUCAGCAGCUGCAUAAUAAUAUUUAAAGAGCCCCUCCCUCUCACAAAUAUGCUUUUUUCUUGUUCUCACUUUUAGAUGUUUGAGCUUCGAUGUGCAGAACAAUGUACUUACAGAGUUUGACAAGACUGUUUUCAAAUUCAUCAGCUGGAAGUGGAAAAUGUUGUGCUCAUUGAAAAACUAAUUUUAAGGGGUGGGGCCUACAAGCAUCACCAACAUUGUCACUGUGACAUCACAAAUAGUUUUAAAAGUCAGUUCUGGUCCAGUAUACAUGUUAUACAAGUGUGAUUGGAAACUUUUAGUCACCAGUGCGCACAUACUGAGAACGGACUUUGUAAAGGAAAACUUUAAUUAACUAGAUUUUCAUAGGAGUAGAUGCUAUUUUAAGGAUUUUAAUGUGGAAAAUAUAUUGUUUUUGCAUAUCAGACAUUAUUGUUUCAAGCUGAUUAUUUGUAUAUAUGUCUUAAUACAUGUCUGGAGGGGUAACUGGGUACAUCUUGCCUGACUUUAAAGUACUGAGCUGAACAUUU